UGGUGGAGGUGUGGUGGAGGGGGAGUGAGUCAGGUGAGAGGCACAACACAGGAGGAAGCUGGAGCGCCUGCCUCUGCCACUCAGUCCUCCCACAGCUCCCGUAGUGACAGGAGCCAGGCAGGAGUUCUAUCUGAUAUGUGGUGGUGUGUGACGCUGUCUUUGGUGGUGUGGGCGAGUGUCGUGGCCCUCAGCGACGCCCAGCAUGGAGUGCCCCUACCUGGCCUCCCACAACAUACAGGGCCACCACCCCGUGGCACUCAACCACAGACGACACAACUAACCCCUGGAGUGGCACUUGCCCCUCAACCCACUCCAGGGGGCGGUGUGCCCCUGCCUCACCUGGCAGGUGGUCGCCCUCAAACACAUUUUGGACCAGUGUUGCAUGGGGAUACUGACACUGUGGUGGUUCCCCUCGGAGGCGUGCCCGUUCCUGGCCUAGGGGCUGGAGUGCCAGCCUAUGAGACGGUUGGGGUGGACGGAGUGCCAGUGCAGCAGCCUGCAGGUGGUCGUGGCAGCAUACGGCCUGUGAGGGACCCCGGGCUAGACGAGAGUGUGCAGCGCGUUGUGAGGCUGGCAGCUGUCCAGGACCACUUGCAACUUAAGACCGAAGCUGAUACGGCCGUCAAGAUCCGUGAAAUUAUCAGUGCUCACAAACAGGUUGUAUCUGGCCAGCUGGUGUACCUCACACUGCGGGUAGGGGAGACCAAGUGCCCGAUAGGAACCCCAGACCUCCACGUUUGUGCUUUUGAUCCAACAGAGGACACACACAUUUGUGAAAUUGUUGUGUGGGAGAGGCCAUGGCUCAAUAUCUCAAAGGUUAUUGAUGAAAAGUCCAGGUGUGCCGAAACAGAAGACGACAAUGACUUUAAUAGUUGGGGAUCAUUCAGUCAUCUUACGUCUUCACACUCAGAAGUUCCCGUGCAGGUCUUGCCUGAUGGCAUUAACGAACAGCAGCUGGGCAUUGAGGCAUUUAAUUACAUAGAUCGUGGUUCAGAGUCCAAGUUCAGAGGAGAGAUGAUUACUUUUGACUUGGGCAACAUAUUGUUUGACCAAGUGACAAAUACAACAAAAGUUCAAGUGAAUGUGGAAUAUGGCUUCAAACUCUGCUUGAGGUCUGUUGACGAGAAGACCGAUCCCAGGGUGUGCCCUCGGGAUGGUCAGCGUGAUCACUACAUCUGUUCUGUUGUUGUUGUUCACAACCCCAACCAGAUUUCUCGUCUUGAGGUGGUUCCAAUCCUUGAGGAUGAUGAUGACAUUCAUUGUGAGAAGAAGCGGAGUGUAGAUGAGGAGUUGGUCGUUCCUGUGCAAGCACCGUGCCUGGGGUGUCCACAACCAGCCCCGCUUAAUGAUCCCACCAUCCUAGAAAUUGCAGACUUCGCUCUUAAGGAGUAUGACAGGACUGCCGACGAUGAGGAUCUCCACCUUGUUCUGCGUCUCAUCAAGGCCCAAACUCAGGUGGUUGCUGGCCUCAAGUACUACCUCACUGUUGAGCUGGCAGAGACAGACUGCAAAAAGACUUUAACGGGUGUUGAUGUCAACCGAACUUUCUGUCGGCUGGAUAGCAACGAGGAAACCAAGAUCUGUGACUUGCACGUAGUUGACCAGCCUUGGAUACCUGCCCGAGAUCUUGUUGCAGCACAAUGCUAUGACAAGGAUGAUUAUCCAGCCUCAAGCCAAGAUGAAUUUAUUGUUCCGAUUGCCCUUGGAACUGGCCUCGGCUCCAUACCUCAUGGGUCAACACCUGCAUCUGCAUCCCGCCCCUCACUGUUGGGAGGCCAUAGACCUCUGGAGAUUGACGCUCAGACAUUGGAAGUUGUCAAGAUGGUUGUGGAUGAAUAUAACAGACGGGAAGAUGAUUCUGAAUAUUACAAGUUGGUUAAGGUUCUUGAAGCAUCCUCACAGGUGGUGUCGGGGAAGAAGUACACCCUGGUGGUGGAGUUGGCAGAGACCAACUGUCACAAGUUUGACCCGGCACUUGGCAACGGAGAACACUGCUUGUUCCACCCUACCGAGGACCAUGAGGUGUGUAAGGCUGAGGUCCAUGAACAGGCGUGGCUUCAGACAUCUGAUUACCGCAAGAUUGUGUCCUUCACCUGUGACGACCUCGAUGAUUACUUAGAACAGAGACUCAUGCCAACCCUUGAUUCUUUUGACUUCACGGACCAUCCCUUCCUGGAUGCUGCACAAGACAAGAAUGCCGGCUUCCAAACUAUCCCCAAAAAUGACUCCACUGUGCAGGAAGUUGCUGCUUUUGUUACUGAACAGUAUAACCUCCGAGGAGACGAAGAUGAUUUGUACGCCUUGACACGGGUCAUUAGUUCUUACCAGCAGGCUGUAUCAGGUGGUGUGAAUUAUCACUUGGAAAUUGAAUUGGCUGAGACUCGCUGCAAGAAAUAUCUGCCAGUUGCUGAUCCAGGCCGCUGCCCACUUGACCAUGGUGAAGAGAGGGAAGUUUGCCAAGCUGAGAUCCAUAUCCCUCAAGGACCUGGUGGUAACAGGCAACUUGUCAAACUCUAUUGUGAUGAAAUUAGCGACUACUUCACUAGAAAGAUUCAAGGAACGCUUAAACCAUCAAGUGCCUUCACACAACCACCAACUGGAUCUGGUGCUCAUGGAGGAGCAUGGACAAAUGCUGAUGUCAGUGACAAAAGCCUUGUUAAGUUAGGUCACCUGAUUGCUGACGAGUAUGAUUCAAGAUCUGAUGAAGACAAUUUGUUCAUCUUCCACAAACUCCUCCAAGCUCGCAAACAGAUUGCUGGAGGAAUUAAGUACCACUUAGUUGCUGAGUUGGUGCAUACAGUUUGCCCCAAGUACAAGCGACGCAUCGACAAGACUCGCUGUCAGCCAGACAUUGGCGAAGAACAUGUGGUUUGUGAAGCAAAUGUUCUGACACAGCCCUGGCUGAAGAGGCAAGUUGUGACUGAUCUCCGAUGUGCAGAGAAGAAUGAUUUCGUGCAAGCAGAUGAUUCUGUUGAAAUUUUGUAUCCCAAUGUGCAUCCAACUGCUCAUGCCAGGCCAGUGUUCCAGAGUCAGUUCUUGAUCAGAGGCAGCGAAGAGAGCGACGAGAGCAAUGAGCGUUUCUACGACCCAUCCAGAAGGACAGCCAGCAGCAGCCGCGAGUCGAACGAAGACGAUUCUAUGGAAAUAAAUCAGCGCUUCUACCACCCCUCGGGCCGAACAAACUUCCGUCGUCAUGAUACUGAAGAAGAUGAUUCUGACGAACUUCCGAGCUUUAGAGACAAGAGAUCUCUUGUAGGGGGAUUUUCUGCUGUUAAUUUGCCCGAUUCAAAAAUCAGUGAAUUGGCAUCAUUUGCUGUCAAGUCAAUGGAUGCAGUUUCUGAAGAUCCAAAUUCUAGAAUUGUGGAGACUGUGAUACGUGCUGAAAAACAGACAGUAGCAGGUGUAAAUUGGAAGCUGCAAAUACUAGUGAGCUGGACAACGUGUCUAAAGGAGGACCAAGUUGAGGAUUCGAGUACCUGCACAAAGGACCUAAGUAAACCUAGCAGUAAAUGUGAUGUUACAAUCUAUGAGAAGCCAUGGGAAAACUAUAUUAAAGUCACUGAAAUGGCGUGCUCACCUGUCGAUAACAAACAGCAGAAUCAUCGUCACAGUCAUUCUGACGGAGAUGGGAGCAUCAGGAAGAGGAGGAAGGCUUUGGGGGGGUACAGCCCAGUAGAUCUCUCAGAUCAAGGUGUUAAUGAAGUGGCGAAGUUUGUGGUUAGGUCUGUGGAUGCUGUGACCAACGAUCCUUAUGUCAGGACUGUUGAGAAUGUGAGAAGUGCUCAAGUACAGAUAGUAGCAGGUAAAAACUGGAAGCUGGAAAUAGAGUUGAGCUGGACACUGUGCAGGAAAGAGGAAGGUGUCCAGGACUUGAGCAACUGUGAGAAGGACCCCAGUAAACCCAACAGUAUUUGUGAUGUUAUUGUUUAUGAAGUACCAUGGCAGAACACUAGGGAAGUGACAAAGAUGGAAUGCAAGACUCUGGAAGAAAAGCAGCGACAUCGUCGUAACGAAGAUUCUGUUAAACUGGCAAACUUACAACCUAGCGCAGUGGUAGGGGGAUAUACUACAGUACAACUCCCUAAUGAAGAUGUCAGUAAAGUUGCCAUGUUUGCUGUUCAGACUAUGGAUGCAGGGACUAAUGAUCCUAAUGUCAGGGUUGUUGAGAAAAUCAACAGUGCAAGCAAACAGACAGUAGCAGGUAUAAACUGGAAGCUGGAAAUAGAGUUGAGCUGGACACUGUGCAGGAAGGAGGAAGGUGUCCAGGACUUGAGCAACUGUGAGAAGGACCCCAGUAAACCCAACAGUAUUUGUGAUGUUAUUGUUUAUGAAGUACCAUGGCAGAACACUAGGGAAGUAACAAAAAUGGAAUGCAAGACUGUGGAAGACAAGCACCGACAUCGUCGUAACGAAGAUUCUGUUAAACUGGCAAACUUACAACCUAGCGCAGUGGUAGGGGGAUAUACUACAGUACAACUCCCUAAUGAAGAUGUCAGUAAAGUUGCCAUGUUUGCUGUUCAGACUGUGGAUGCAGGGACUAAUGAUCCUAAUGUCAGGGUUGUUGAGAAAAUCAACAGUGCAAGCAAACAGAUAGUAGCAGGUAUAAACUGGAAGCUGGAAAUAGAGUUGAGCUGGACACUGUGCAGGAAGGAGGAAGGUGUCCAGGACUUGAGCAAAUGUGAGAAGGACCCCAGUAAACCCAACAGUAUUUGUGAUGUUAUUGUUUAUGAAGUACCAUGGCAGAACACUAGGAAAGUGACAAAAAUGGAAUGCAAGACUGUGGAAGAAAAGCAGCGACAUCGUCGUAACGAAGAUUCUGUUAAACUGACAAACUUACAACCUAGUGGAGUGGUAGGGGGAUAUACUACAGUACAACUCCCUAAUGAAGACGUCAGUAAAGUUGCCAUGUUUGCUGUUCAGACUGUGGAUGCAGGGACUAAUGAUCCUAAUGUCAGGGUUGUUGAGAAAAUCAACAGUGCAAGCAAACAGAUAGUAGCAGGUAUAAACUGGAAGCUGGAAAUAGAGUUGAGCUGGACACUGUGCAGGAAGGAGGAAGGUGUUCAGGACUUGAGCAAAUGUGAGAAGGACCCCAGUAAACCCAACAGUAUUUGUGAUGUUAUUGUUUAUGAAGUACCAUGGCAGAACACUAGGGAAGUAACAAAAAUGGAAUGCAAGACUGUGGAAGACAAGCAGCGACAUCGUCGUAACGAAGAUUCUGGUAAACUGGCAAACUUACAACCUAGCGGAGUGGUAGGGGGAUAUACUACAGUACAACUCCCUAAUGAAGACGUCAGUAAAGUUGCCAUGUUUGCUGUUCAGACUGUGGAUGCAGGGACUAAUGAUCCUAAUGUCAGGGUUGUUGAGAAAAUCAACAGUGCAAGCAAACAGAUAGUAGCAGGUAUAAACUGGAAGCUGGAGAUUGAGUUGAGCUGGACACUGUGCAGGAAGGAGGAAGGUGUCCAGGACUUGAGCAAAUGUGAGAAGGACCCCAGUAAACCCAACAGUAUUUGUGAUGUUAUUGUUUAUGAAGUACCAUGGCAGAACACUAGGAAAGUGACAAAAAUGGAAUGCAAGACUGUGGAAGAAAAGCAGCGACAUCGUCGUAACGAAGAUUCUGGUCAACUGGCAAACUUACAACCUAGCGGAGUGGUAGGGGGAUAUACUACAGUACAACUCCCUAAUGAAGACGUCAGUAAAGUUGCCAUGUUUGCUGUUCAGACUGUGGAUGUAGGGACUAAUGAUCCUAAUGUCAGGGUUGUUGAGAAAAUCAACAGUGCAAGCAAACAGAUAGUAGCAGGUAUAAACUGGAAGCUGGAAAUAGAGUUGAGCUGGACACUGUGCAGGAAGGAGGAAGGUGUCCAGGACUUGAGCAAAUGUGAGAAGGACCCCAGUAAACCCAACAGUAUUUGUGAUGUUAUUGUUUAUGAAGUACCAUGGCAGAACACUAGGAAAGUGACAAAAAUGGAAUGCAAGACUGUGGAAGAAAAGCAGCGACAUCGUCGUAACGAAGAUUCUGUUAAACUGACAAACUUACAAACUAGCGGAGUGGUAGGGGGAUAUACUACAGUACAACUCCCUAAUGAAGAUGUCAGUAAAGUUGCCAUGUUUGCUGUUCAGACUGUGGAUGCAGGGACUAAUGAUCCUAAUGUCAGGGUUGUUGAGAAAAUCAACAGUGCAAGCAAACAGGUAGUAGCAGGUAUAAACUGGAAGCUGGAAAUAGAGUUGAGCUGGACCCUGUGCAGGAAGGAGGAAGGUGUCCAGGACUUGAGCAACUGUGAGAAGGACCCCAGUAAACCCAACAGUAUUUGUGAUGUUAUUGUUUAUGAAGUACCAUGGCAGAACACUAGGGAAGUGACAAAAAUGGAAUGCAAGACUGUGGAAAACAAGCACCGACAUCGUCGUAACGAAGAUUCUGGUCAACUGGCAAACUUACAACCUAGCGCAGUGGUAGGGGGAUAUACUACAGUACAACUCCCUAAUGAAGACGUCAGUAAAGUUGCCUUGUUUGCUGUUCAGACUGUGGAUGCAGGGACUAAUGAUCCUAAUGUCAGGGUUGUUGAGAAAAUCAACAGUGCAAGCAAACAGAUAGUAGCAGGUAUAAACUGGAAGCUGGAAAUAGAGUUGAGCUGGACACUGUGCAGGAAGGAGGAAGGUGUCCAGGACUUGAGCAACUGUGAGAAGGACCCCAGUAAACCCAACAGUAUUUGUGAUGUUAUUGUUUAUGAAGUACCAUGGCAGAACACUAGGAAAGUGACAAAAAUGGAAUGCAGGACUGCAAAUUGUGAACUUUAAGAAGAUUCAGUUAUAAAGGUUAGACAUGAUCCUUUGGCUUGUUUGUCUCAUCACUAUUUAACGGCUUUGUUCCUUUUGUUAAUAUUUAUCUAUAUCCUGGAAUUGUUAUGCUCAAAUGCAGUUAUUAUUUUGUAGUUAAUGUAUGUGUUUUUCUCACUCAUUAUAUAGCAUGAUGCAAUGUUGCCUUAUGUCACCAAGAUAUUUCGAAUCUUUUUUUUUUUUUUUUUUUAUUUCAUAGUACAGUAUUUGAUAUCAGUUUUAUAUUUACCAACAAGGCCCAGCUGCUGUACCUAUUCACAGUUUCUUUCUAAAUGUUUUAUUUGUAUUGUGCACUCUUCGUUGUGUUAUGUUUGCCGAGCAUUCAUUUUUCUAAUGUUUUCACACAUUGUAUUAUCAUUUUCAUUAGAUACUGUAGUAUCAAUAUAUAGAAUUGCACAUUAAAUAAAAUUGCCCAAUGAUUGCCAUCGAUGUUGUCAUAGAAAUUUUACAUAUUUCAAGCCAGUUUAUUUCUGAAUAUUAUGAGGAGGAAUGUGAAGAACAUUAUUCACUAAACAAGCACACCUACCAAACUGAUUUAAGGGAAGAUAAUAAGCAAAUGGUGUCACCACAAAAUAAUAGAAAGUACAAUUAUGAUACCAAGACACCAUUUUCCUUUCUGUUUUAAUUAUUAGCAUAACGGAGGAGGAAUAAACUUAGAGUAGAGGAAGGACUAUAGAUUAUUUUUGGUGUUGCGAUCUGAUGAUUUGUGUUUACCUGUGUGUAUGUUUACAACAUCACCUUUCACAAUCCAAAAUUACCUAAUAUUAUGGACUCGUGUUGAACAGAGGCUUCUCAUGUUCUCUUGUAUUAGCUUAUUAAUUUGUUUACAUUUUAUUGUAACUCUUAUCUUAAGUUGUUUGCUAAUCCCCAAAAUUCACUUUAUAGUUAUAUAAUUUAACAGAUAAGAUUAUAUAUGACAAUGUAUAUUGAUAUUCUUGUAUUUAAUGAUUCUCUGCACUAAUUUGUCAUUGUGAUGCAUGAUGCUUUAUGGAAUAAUAUUUCCCCGCUUGUGGUUGUGGUUAGUUUGAGGUGUUUAAACACCGCCAGAAUACUAACAAAGGAUUAAUUAGACCUAAUUAUUUUCUGAACAGUUAAGUACUAUAUAGAUUUUUUGUGUUGCCAGUUUUUUUCACUACCUUUUAUAAUAUAAUUUGACAGACAAUUUAUUGCCAAAAGCAUUUUCACUUAUUCAACGUGAGUUACAAUGUGUCAGAUUUUGUGUUAUAAGGAAACCUUCAAAUACAUUGAUACUUUGUGUGGAUUUACAAGCAAUUCAGAAUUUUCAAUGUAAAAAUAAAUUAACCUCAUUAUUGUUAGUUUUUAUUUAUAUUUGUUAAUUUAUCAGUAUUGCAUAAUAUUAAUCUUUCUGCAAUUAAAUCUUCAAAAUAUAGAUGCAUGAACUAUUUUGAAAAGUCAGUGUUGUUUGUAUUUAGAAUCCUUCAAACCAAUAAUCCUUUUUAGCAUUUAAUCCUCAAAUGCCUUUGUGGAAGGAAAUAACUAUUCAAGACCUGGACCCAGCCUGGAAUCCCUUAGCUAUCUUUGAUUCUGGUAAUUAACUUAGACCUUGGAAAUCAGCACGAAGAGAAAAUCAAACCUUACGUUGAAAAUGUAGUCUACUCGAGCAUGAUUGGAUAGCAAACAUCCCAGGGAGCAUUAGAGUAACAGUGCGACAUCCUACACAGAAUGCACAACAUGCUGCUGCUCAACUGUGCAAGUCCAUUGCUAAGAAUCAGAACAUUCACAAAGAAUUUUUUUUUUUUUUGAUGGCAGUAAAAAGUUUGUAUAGUUUCAGUUCAUUAAUAAAAAAUGCAUUUAUGUUUUUGCAAAUACUGUACUGUAAAUGGUAACAACAAAAACAUUUCUUUCAUCUAG